AUGAGUUUAUUGAGACGUUUUAAAGCAACUGAUUUGUUUGAAUUCAACAACAUCAAUCUCGAUCCCUUGACUGAAACAUAUAACAUUUCGUUUUAUCUUCAAUACUUGGCACGUUGGCCUGACUUGUUUAGUGUGCAAGUCUCUCCACAUAACCGUUUAAUGGGUUAUGUGAUGGGCAAGACAGAAGGUACAGGUAAAAACUGGCAUGGUCACGUCACAGCUAUUACUGUCUCCCCUGAAUACCGUCGAUUGGGCCUUGCAGUGGGCAUGAUGAAUUUGCUUGAACAAGUAUCUGAAAAAGUAUACAAUGGCUGGUUUGUGGAUCUUUAUGUCAGAAUAUCCAAUGCAGUGGCUAUUGACAUGUACCGUAAAAUUGGCUACUCUGUUUAUCGAAGAGUGCGCAAUUACUAUGCAGGACAUACAAAUGAAGAUGCUUAUGAUAUGCGGAGAGCAUUGGAAAGGGACACAAAGAAAGAGACAAUACGAGAGAAUGGAGAAAAGGUGUUUGUCAAUCCAGAAGAUUUGGAUUCAUGGCGUUAA